GCGGGCGGGGCGGGGCCGCGCGCGCGCGCUGGUUCCGGUUCCGGUAGCGGCGGCGGCCCGGUGCGGGAGCGGCGGCGCGAUGGGGCUGAGCGCGGAGGAGGCGGCGGAGCAGGAGGAUCGCUUCGACGGGAUGCUGCUCGCCAUGGCCCAGCAGCACCAGGGCGGCGUGCGCGAGCUUGUGAACACCUUCUUCAGCUUCCUGAGGAGGAAGACGGAUUUCUUCACUGGGGGAGAGGAGGGAGUAGCAGAGAAGCUGAUCACAGAGGCCUUCAGCCACCACAACAAGCUGGCCCAGAAAGAGCGCAAGGAGAAGAAGGCGCGGCUGGAGGCGGAGCGGCGUGAGAAGGCCGAGCGUGCAGCUCGCCUGGCCAGGGACAGGGACAGGACCAGGGACUCACAGCAGGCCAGCGAGCCACGCAUCAAGGAGCUCACAGACGAGGAGGCAGAGAGGCUGCAGCUGGAGAUCGACCAGAAGAAAGAGGCACAAGGGCAGGGCAAUGGUGUCCCAGUGAAACCCUCAGAGGAGGAAGGUGAAUCUUCAGAUUCCAACAAACAGGGAACAGAUGAUGAAGAGGAAGAUGAGAAGGAUAAAGGAAAACUUAAACCCAACUCUGGCAAUGGAGCUGACCUUCCAAAUUAUAGAUGGACACAGACUCUUUCAGAAUUGGAUCUGGCUGUCCCCUUCAAGGUGAGCUUCAGGCUGAAGGGCAAGGACGUGGUGGUUGACAUCCAGCGACGGCGCCUCAAGGUCGGCCUGAAGGGCUACCCUCCUGUCAUUGAGGGGGAGCUCUUCAAUGAGGUCAAGGUGGAGGAGAGCUCCUGGCUCAUUGAGGAUGGCAAAACAGUCACUGUGCACCUGGAGAAGAUCAACAAAAUGGAAUGGUGGAACAAACUGGUCUCCACAGACCCAGAAAUCAACACCAAGAAAAUUAAUCCAGAGAAUUCAAAGUUGUCAGACCUGGACAGCGAAACUCGCAGCAUGGUGGAGAAGAUGAUGUAUGACCAGAGACAGAAAUCCAUGGGCCUGCCCACCUCUGAUGAGCAGAAGAAGCAGGAUAUUUUGAAAAAGUUCAUGGAACAGCACCCAGAAAUGGACUUUUCAAAGGCUAAAUUUAACUGAGCUGUCCCCUUUUCCCUCCCCUCUUUCAGCCAGCCCAUUGAAUGGGGCAGGAUAUGUAUGGUUGGAUAUUCUCACCUUGGGCAAGUAAAACUUCAGCAUCCCCCACCCGAGCUUGCUGUGGAGGCACCUGCAGGGAGUCACCUCAGUGUCCUGUGGAGCAGCAGGCAGGGCCCAAGAGCAGUUCCAGACAGAGCCAUCAGCCACAAUUCCCAAAGGGCAGUGAGGAGAGAAGGAGGGCUUAGAGCAAAAAGGGUGUUGGGGCUGAGAGGGCCAGACCUGAGAGGUUUUGGGGUAAAUCCUUGAGGUAUUGCUUCACUUCCCUGGGCUGCUCAGAGCUGCUCAUCUGCUCUUUGCCAAUGGCAUAGGUACUCCUGAGUUCUGCUCCCUCCUGCUCUCCUGUGAAAACAAGGUCAGUUGAUUUUGUAAAGUAAAUCUUUCUGCCUUCUUGGGAAGGGAAAGCAGCAGCUGGAAAGCACAGCUACUGCAGUGGAGACAGACCCUGCUGCUGCUGUUGGUGCCAGAAGUGGGACAGCUGGAGCACUGCAGGGCUUCCAGCACAGCUGGAGAGGGCAGCCUGCUGUCCUGGGGCAAGGAGAGGAGGUGGGGGGCUCUGGGGAUGCUGUUGUUGGUGGGAGUGUCCCUGCCUCUUCUCCAAGAGCCUCCCUCCCUGCUGGGUGAGCUCCUGCUGACGAGUGGCAUCACUCUGCAUGUUCAUAUCUCUGUUAAAACUGCAGUGCAACAUAAAGGAAAACAAGUGGAA